AUCUGAAGGAACGUGUUCCUGCCUGCUUAAAGAAUGUGCUGAAAAUAACAUGAAUUUUUUGAAAAAGUUGCAUUUAUUUCUGCCUUGCCUUUAUGGGUGUUUUCUAGGAUUCUUGAGAUGGGGGUGAUGUCAUUGCAUGCGUGAUUAUAUAAUCAUGGAACCAUUGCUAGCGAUCCUGCCGCCAGCUACAAUAUGGAGACAGUGGCUGACCUGACAGACUUUGCAGGGCAGGUUACUGCCUAUGAAUCCGAGGAGAUUACUUUCCAAAUCCAUACCAUCUGUGAACACCAUGCAAAGAAAAUCCAGUUAAACGUCACUUUUCAGUUAUCGCCUGACUAUCCGUCGUGCCUUCCAGACAUCUCCAUCUGCUCAGAUCAGCUUACCCGCAAGCAGUGUUGUGAUUUGAAACAAAGCCUGCUGCAAUAUGCAGAGACUCUCCUUACACAGCCUAUGGUUUAUGAGUUAAUGAUGCAGCUCCAGCAGAAGAUUGAGGGUGCCGUUGAACAAGUCACAGGGGACAAGGUCAAUGAAAGUGACAAUUCGCAGCAGCAAUGCAAUGCAGAUGAAGCUGUGUGGGUGGCACUUGUGCAUUUAGAUCACAUGAGAGCCAAAGCAAAGUACAUCAAAAGCAUAGAGAAGUGGACUUCUGACCUCAGACUCGGAGGCAGACUGAUGUUCAUGGGCAAACUCAUAUUAAUUCUUUUACAAGGAGAGAGGAAAGCUAUCAAGGACUAUCUAGUUCUCCAGAAAACCUCUAAGGUGGAUGUGGACUCCAGUGGAAAGAGAUGCAAAGAGAAGAUGAUAAGUGUUCUCUGUGAAGAAAAGCUUCAAGCAGGGCAGCUCAGGCUUACAAGAUUUGCUGUGAAAGAGUUUACAUCAGGGGCUGAGUUGCAUCAAGAAUUUGAAGCUCUGGGCUUGUCAGGCUUGUAUGACAAGUUUGUAAGAUUUUAAAAGGCUCCUGCAAUGGACUUAAUAGAACAGUACAAAUGCACAACGCUGUGACUUUGUGAGGAAAGGAGAAUUUCUAUAUGUCUUAGUUUCUUUCACCUGAUGAAGCCAGCAUUUCAGCAAUGUUUGUUGACCAUUCAAAUCCGUGAAAUUUGAACAUAAAACUUAAUGAAAAGCUUUGCAAGAUAUAGUUAAAAAAAUGUUGAAUACUUGUUUGUUUGAAUUUGUUAAUAAAAUGAAUGGAUUUAAAUGUA